AUGCUACCUCAGAAUCGAGGCGAGAAGCACGGCUUGGAAGGUACACGAGCUUUGGAUGUAGGUGCCGGGACCGGCCUCGUGGGGCUCGUGGUGCACCGCGCCUUGUCUGAACUUAUGCCAUAUGCCACGGAUGGGAGCAAAGAGCGCCAGCGGCCUGGCUCACUCGUCACCUUCACCGACGUGCCCCGCGUCAUCCCGUUGUUAUCCAGGAAUGUUGCCUUGCAUUGCCUCGCUGAUGCGACCCGAAAGGCGGAUCCAGCCGAAACACAAGCUGGAGAAGCCAUUGUCCGGCCUCUUCUUUGGGGGGAGGCUGAAGCCGAGGCCUUGGUCCAAGAACGAGGUCACUUCGAUCUGGUUCUGUGCUGUGAAGUGGUUUACCAGCAACCUCAGCAGGUCUGGCAGUCUUUGCAAGCCGUGUUGAAGCGCGUGCUCGCGCGACCUGGAGGCCGAGUCGUCUUUGCUUAUCAGCAUCGUGACGGUGCAGAGGUGACCGACGCGCAGUUCUUCGAAACACUCGAGGAGGCAUGCGGCGUCCAUCUCGAGAGUGAGGCAAACGGGCUGGAAGUGCCGCUGCGGAAGAGUUGUUCGUGCUUGUGCGCAGGUUCUUGCUGUACCGCCAUGAAAAAAAGCUGGCAUCGUUUACAUUUGAUGGUUAGUUAG